AAUAACAUAUAGUAUAUGCCAUUGCCAUCAUAUAAAUACACACACUAUGGCUAUGGUAGUAAUCAAGCAAUAUUAGUUUCAUCUACAAAACAAGCAAAGAAAGAGAGAAUGUUGAGAUCCCAGGACUACCACAACCACAUUGCAGGAGUCAGAAGGGAGCCAAGUGUUCUCUCCGACUUCGACCGCUACCCAAACGCUGAAAUGGCCUUCAACAAGAGGGUUGUCUACGAUGAGGUCGAGGGAUCCCACCGCCACCACCACCACCACAACCCUGAGAUCGUUGAGAGGGUUGAAGUGGUGGAGUAUGAACGAGUACCUGAGGUUAGGCCAUAUGGUGGUGAAGUGAUCUAUGAAGAGUACAUGGAUGUUGAAACCAAUCAGUAUAACCCACGAAGGAACAGGCCAAAUGGUCUUGGAUUGCAAAAAUGGAAAACAUACAGAGCAUAAGCUUGUGCUUUGUGUUGUGGCUAAUUUGCUAGGCAGGCUAAACCCUAACAUAUGAUCACUGUGUGUGGUGGUUGUAUUAAAUUAAAUAAAUUCCUGCUUAGUUAGCUUGUUGUUAUUUAUGUUAUAAAUCAUGUAUGAAUGAUUAAUAAAUCAUAUCUAUAGCAUGUAUUUGAAUUAAUUAAUAUGUUAUGGGCUAUUGCACUGUUUAUUUAAA